GAAUGCAGGAAUGCCUGACUCCGCAAACGCAGUUUCGCAUUUGCAGAAUUUUAAUGCGGGAAGCUCUGCAGCCGCUAGAACAGUAGAUUAAGCAAACAUUUCAGCUUGUCAAGUAUGACCAGGCCAGAUGUUUACCGUACAAUUUCGCUGUCAGUUGUCUGGAUGGUCGCAGAAGUUCUUUCGUCAAGGGCACGACCAUUGACCGAGCACGAAGUAUUUCCAACAGUAAUUGCCGAAAACAGCUCGGCUGGAACUAUUGCGCUUUCAAUUGACAGAAGUAUUACGUUAACUUUACAAGAAUCGUCCGCCUUUGCAAGUAAAUUUAGAGUAUUUACUCACGAUCAAGAUGCUACCGAAGGAAAAGAGAUACAGCUAACUGAGUUUGGUGGAAAAGUCUACGUAGAUCAAAGUACGCAGGCUGUACUUCUGAUUUCCUAUGAGAACGGAGUCCGCGUGACGGGACUGCUAGGUGGCGGAGUCAGGAUUGCAUUUAAGGAAAAUUUAAAACCUCGCAACGAUGGUCGGAUUGCACAUAACCUAUUCACCGUUGAAGGAGAUUACUCACUUGAGGCGUUUUACCGCGACAAUCGCAAAGUCAAUGUGCCAAAGAAAGUCAAAGUGAAUGCACGCAGUGAAGCGCCUUCCCGAGAGCCGAUGGUUGCCACGGCCGAGGCAGUAGUCGUCGUGAGUCGAGAAUACAGUGCUUCGUUCUCCAACUCGACGGGGCACAAAUACCGUCACCUCAUAGAUUACUUACGCGUUCUUUUCCAAGCAGCUAACCUAAUCCUUCGGAGCACGGAUACAGAUAUAUUAGAUGUGCAGCUCCUGAUUGUUGGUGUGGUCAUUUUGACGGAAUAUACUGAAAUACUAAGUAAGAAUGAUGAACUUGGUUUAGUGGAAACCAACACACCGGAAGCACUGCUAAGUUUUAUGGCGUCUAACCGGCACCCGUUUCGUGAAGCAGAUGUGGUGUUCUACAUGAGCAAGCACCACUACGCCCUGACUUACCAAGGAGGGCAUCGCAAAGUAAAAGGCAAGUCUCUUAUUUCUACUUGCGAUAUUUCGUAA